AGUUUUCCAGCAGGACUGAUGCAGCACAUCAGCAGUGUUCGCCUCCACCUCAAACAGCUCUUCACUUACAGAAGUUACACAUCGCCUGCAAAACUCACGUCACUGAAUGCAACUUUGGAUAAGGGAACUGCGCGUGUUUACUAGGGACAUAGAGCGAGAGUUGAAGUGCACUGGUCUUGUGGAGUAGCCUACAUAGAAACACUCCUGCAUUAGGAUGACAGCGAUUAAUUUGGACACGUACAGCCUGUCUCUGCUGACUGCUAAAGAAGACAUCCUCAACCCGCGAGCAUCCACCAACUGGGCUUUAUUUGCAUAUGAGGGAGUGACCAACAAUCUUAAACUCACAGAUUCAGGAGCUGGAGGUUUGACAGAAUUGGUUGGGAAAUUUCACAACAGCAGGCUCAUGUAUGGCCUCUGCAGGGUGGGACUGACAGAAACAGGACAACCACAGAUUGUCAUGGUCUGCUGGGUUGGUGAUAGUGUGGAUGAGCAUCGCAGAACUGAAUGUGACAGCCAUCUGCCUGCCAUCAAGGCCUUCUUCAAGGAGGCUCAAGUAUUUAUUACAGCCUCGGAGCAAGAUGAGGUGACAGAGGAGCAGAUUAUGGCUGCUAUUGCAAAGAUUCGACCUCCAAUGGAGAAACUGAGGAGACCCUCAAGGGCAAUGGAUAAGGAGGAGACUGUGGGCACAAACUACAAGAAGACAAAUGCUGCCAUGGAGAUGAGACGGAUUAACAGAGACUCCUUCUGGGCACGUGCAGAGCGUGAGGAGGAGGAGAGAAAGGAGGAAGAACGUCGGAGGGCUGUAGAAGACAGACGACGCUGGGAGAGAGAACGAGUUCUAAAGGAGAAAAAAGAGGCUGAAGAGAGAGACAGAAAGAUGAACGAAAAGCUACAGAUGAUUGAAGAACAAAGGAGGAUCCAGGCUCAGCUUGAGGAAAAGGCUAAAAAUAAGGAAAAAGUGAAAUGGGUGGAGCAGCAGAGAGAGCAUGAGGAGGACAUGAGGGCCCGACUUAGACGCAGCGAGUCCAUUGAGAAAGCAGCAGAGGCAGCAGUACUUGUUUCCCAGCGCAGCAUCAAUCCCAGGGAGUUUUUUAGGCAGUUAUCCGCAUCCUCACAAAAUUCUUCAAGCCCUGGAUCACCACAAUCAGGAAAAUCUCCAUUCCGUCGCUACCAACGCAGUUUGACAGACACAGCCUUCAUCUUUGAGAGGGCCAACUCCUAUUCUGGUCCCACAUCCCCACACAGUCCCUCUGCAAGGUCUCCAUUCUCACGCACCCAUUCCACGUCCCUUAAACGUCCAACAUCCCCACUUAGUCCACCCUACCAGAUGAUCCCCUCACCACAGCAUCCUGAAACAUCUCCUUCCCCAUCACCUUCCCCACGCUCUGUCCCACCGGUGUCGCUCCCACUCAUUCUACCUGUCACCAGACCCCCUCCACCCCAGUCGUCACCUCCCAGCCGGCCACCUCCUCAAGCCCCUGUACACGAUUCCGCUUCCCCUGUGUCUCCAAAGCUGCUGGAUAGUCACGACAAGUCAGAAUCUUGCACCUAUGACGUUAGCAGGGAGAAACUCGCUGUCACAACAGAACGUUUUCCAGCUUCACUCUCUGAUAACCCACGGCACAAUACGGAGCUUGUAACUGGCUCUGGAAUGCUGUGUGAACCAGAAGUGGACUUCACUGUCAAGACUGUGCUGGUCGAAGAAGAUGAAGAUGAAGAAGAGGUAGAAGAUCCAGAGGAAACUUCAGCCAUGUCAGUUCCACCUUCAGAUACUGUGAUCACCACAAACUAUGAAGAAGCGGUGAAAAUCGUAGAGGAACAAUUUAAGCCUGAGGAUGAGAAGAGUGUCAUCAGCUCCCUGGUGGAGGUUGAUGAGUCAGAGUCUGAGGAUGAAGCAGAAUCUGAGGAAUUCCACCCUAAUGUCAACCACAUGCCCAGAAACGUGGUACCGAUCUCAGAUGAUGAAGUUGAGGAAGACCUACCAAAAAGCCCAGAGUCGUGUGUGAACACAUCAGAGUAUGAUCUGAUGACUGAAGAAGAUGAAUCUGAAUGUGGCAGACCACUGAAUGGUACAGGUCCUGAGCUAAUUGGAGUAGAGGAUAUUGAUGUAUCUGAGCACAGCACACCUGAGCGGUUCUGUUACACGGUUAAUCGUGAGGAGGAAGAAUUAGAUGAAAUCCAAGCAGAGUUGGUGACUGAGAAUGGCGAAUCAUCACCAGAAAGCCUUCUGCGUGUGAGAGCGUUGUAUGACUACCAAGCAGAGGAUGAAAAUGAGCUCUCUUUUGAACCUGGUGACAUCAUCAGUGAUGUGGAAACAAUCGACAAAGCGUGGUGGAGGGGCUCCAGCAAAGAUGGACGCCAGGGUCUCUUUCCUGCCAACUUUGUAGAGACCAUCUAAAGACGGUUUCUCUUCCCUCUUUUCUUUUUACCAUUUCUCAGGGACCGAGAACCGCAAAACCCAGUCUAUGAGGAUGUACCAUGUACUCUGAGAUUAAGAGUCACAGGAAAAGGGUUUGGAAGGGAAGUGUUCACAGGCACAACUCGCCCAACGAUUCC